UCUCCUCCCCCCUCGGACACACACGGGUCAUGUCAGACUGGCGUCGGAAGGAUGAAGAGGUUAUCCUCCGCAGUACCGUGCGCAUGGGCAAGGAACUCGGCGAGCUCGUCCUCUCCUCGCAGCGGGUACUCUUCUUUGGCCAGCGGCGGAGCAGGCCGAUCCAGAUCGAGGUCCCCACCAUUGUCAAACACUUUGUCUCGACGCCGUCGACGCCAGCUAUCUUGCUCAAGAUUGAGGUCGCUUCAGGCAAAGCGUACACCUUUGAGUUUGUGUCGGACGCGCGUGAGGCCGAGCGCGACAGGAUCAAGCUCGAGCUGGCCAACAUGCGCAGCGCGCUGCAGGAGCGGCUAGCGCGAGCCGAGGCUAUUGGCGCGUCGGCGAGCGGGAGCGAAAAUGCAGCCAACAAGGGCGCAGUCGACAAGGUCAUGGCCGCUUCGUCGCGCGACACCGAGUACCGGCUCGCCCUCCUCGCCAAGGACAAGGGCCUCGCCGAGCUCCACGCCCAGCUCGUGGGCACGGACGCCAUUACCGACGACGAGUUCUGGGAGUCGCGCAAAGAGCUUGUGGCUCGUGAGCGGCUCGCGCCCGAACGCCAGCACGUCGGCAUGUCGACGGAGCUCCUCGCCGACGUCCGGCCCAAGGCCCAGAACUCGACUCACAUCCAGUUCUCGAUCACACCCGAGGUCAUCCAUCACAUUUUCCUCGAGAACCCGCACGUCCACCUAGCCUACAAGGAACUGGUCCCGGCCAAGAUGGACAAGGUCGCGUUCUGGACAAAGUACUUUAACCACUACUACCUCCACCAGAACAACGCCAACCGGGCCGGUAUCAUCGACAAGAUCGACACUCACAACGUCCGCUUCCGCCGGCUGACCGAUCCGUCGGUCGAGACUGCGUCGGCCUCUGCUGCCGUCCUGGCUCGAACCCAGCCCGAGCUCCAAAAGCGCUCGCUGCAGCUCAAUGCCCUGCGCGACGACUCGGCCGUCUCGGAGUUAUACGGCUACGGAACCGUGGCGGGCAGCCUCGACCCACACACCGCCUCGCAGGCGCGGUCGUCGGCGCCGGCCCGCGCAGCUGUCGUCGGCCGCACAAAGUCGACCAAGCCACGCAAGGUCCGUGAGUCCAAGUCUCUUGUCCGCCGCGUCAACCGCCACUCGAUGAUUGUGCUCGAGGACUCGGAUGUGGUCCCGCUCACAGUCUCCAAGUCGCUCAUGGCCGAGGCCGCCCGCAUCCGUGAGCUCGAGGCCGAGCCCGAGCCGGAGACCAUUCCACUGGAGAUCAUCGACACCUCGGCUUACUUUAGCACCGGCGCGUCUGCUGCGACUGGCCAAUGCUCCUGCACCGCGGGGGCAUACAUUCGCGGCUCGCUGUUCAGCAAGCAGGUGGCGGCAGCCCCAGCCGGUGUCCGGACCGUGCCUGACGCCGACGCCGUGCUCGACGGAGUCAUGGCCGCCUCGCGUGUCCGCCAGUCGUCCGAGGCCGACUCCCACCUUCGGAUGCAGCAAAUGCCAACCGGCUUUGUCGACCGCAUUGUUCCGCUCGAUGCCGCAGUCACCGAGCUGCUGCGGCACUUUUGGAACGCGUCGGCUAACUCGCUGCAGCCCAAGGCGUGGCCCAAGCUUGACCGCAUCAUGCAGGCCAUGGGUGGGCUCGAGGACCGCCUCGCUGCCCUGCGCACAGGCUACGCCGUGUCCAAGCCGGCAAUUUCGGCUGUCGAUCACUUGCUCGCUAAGCUGACAAAGGCCAAGGCACGAUUCGAGGCCGACGUCGCCAAGCGCGCAAGCAUUCCAAUGACGAGCAGCGGUGCCAAGAAGAAGCGAAAGCGGACCGACGGCCUCGCCUCUACCGAGCCGCUAGCCAAGCGAGUCAAGCCGCUGGCAUGAGGGAAGCAGCGGCGCGGCAUGUGAAGCAGUUUUUUACCGGCGGCGGAAAGCCGAGUGCAUGGCAGCGCCACCAGUCUUGGUCUUGGCCACGUUGUCGGCGAGGCUGAACGGCAUCCGCCCGAGUGCCGUCGAGGCGCGGAUAAAGUCGGCUGGGAGCGUGCUGGUGGCAAAGAGCAGAGUGUUGACGUCGUUGAGAAGUCGCGGCUCAACCGGGGUGAUGAUAAACAGAUCGAGACCGUC